CGCCCGAGGGGCCCAAUGGGAGCGCAGGCCCGGCCGCCCCGCCCCGCGCCGCCGGACGCUGUGCAGGGACAUGGCUGCCACCGGUGCCGGGUCGUUGAGCUGAGCGUCCGCCGCCGGGAGCCAACCGCCGCCUUCAACCGUCCGCGCGGGCGGGCCGAGGCGCCGGCGGGCCGGCGAGCAGCCGCGGGCCCCCUGCAGGAGGAGGCAGCAGCAGGAGGCCGGAGCGGCCGCCGCGACCGGGCACAUGGCGUCCAUCUUACUGAGGAGCUGCCGCGGCCGGGGGCCCACCCGCCUCCCGCCGCCCCGCGCCGCCGCCCCGAGGGGAACGUGCCAUUUCGCUGCUGCACUCCCGUCCACCCUGUGCGCCUUUCCUUCAGAACCGAUCCCCGUGGCUAUUGGACUCUGAGGCCUGAGCGCGUGUGCUUGGCGGCCGGAGUGCCGUGGGCCCCCACCUCCACCAGUCUGGUUGUCUCAGGGCCACCGUUCCUUCCCUUGCGCUGCUGGCACUCGUCACCCCCGCUGGGCGAUGACUCUGUGGUGGAGAAGUCCCUCAAGUCCCUAAAGGACAAGAACAAGAAGCUGGAGGAGGGAGGCCCUGUGUACAGCCCCCCCCCGGAGGUGGCCGUGAAGAAGUCGCUGGGGCAGAGGGUCCUGGACGAGCUGAAGCACUACUACCACGGCUUCCGCCUGCUCUGGAUUGACACCAAGAUCGCCGCGCGCAUGCUUUGGCGAAUCCUCCAUGGCCACAGCCUGACCCGCAGGGAGCGCAGGCAGUUUCUCCGGAUAUGCGCUGACCUCUUUCGCCUGGUCCCCUUCCUGGUCUUUGUGGUGGUGCCAUUCAUGGAGUUCCUGCUUCCUGUCGCUGUGAAGCUCUUCCCCAAUAUGUUGCCGUCCACGUUCGAGACCCAGUCCAUCAAGGAGGAGAGGCUGAAGAAGGAGCUGCGCGUCAAGCUGGAGCUGGCCAAGUUCCUGCAGGACACCAUUGAGGAGAUGGCCCUGAAGAACAAGGCAGCCAAGGGGAACGCCACCAAAGACUUCUCCGUGUUUUUCCAGAAGAUCCGAGAGACGGGUGAGAGACCCAGCAAUGAGGAGAUCCUGCGUUUCUCCAAGUUGUUUGAGGAUGAGCUGACCCUGGAUAACCUGACGCGGCCGCAGCUGGUGGCCCUGUGCAAGCUGCUGGAGCUCCAGUCCAUCGGCACCAACAACUUCCUGCGCUUCCAGCUCACCAUGAGGCUGCGGUCCAUCAAGGCUGACGACAAGCUGAUCGCGGAGGAAGGGGUGGACAGCCUGAAUGUGAAGGAGUUGCAGUCAGCGUGUCGGGCACGAGGCAUGCGGGCCCUCGGUGUCACAGAGGAUCGGCUGAAGGACCAGCUGAAGCAGUGGCUGGAGCUGCACCUGCAUCAGGAAAUCCCAACGUCCCUGCUCAUCCUGUCCCGGGCCAUGUACCUCCCAGACACCCUCUCGCCCGCCGACCAGCUCAAGUCCACACUGCAGACACUCCCGGAGAUCGUGGCAAAGGAAGCCCAGGUGAAGGUGGCCGAAGUGGAGGGUGAGCAGGUGGACAACAAGGCAAAGCUAGAGGCCACGCUGCAGGAGGAGGCAGCCAUCCAGCAGGAGCACCGGGAGAAGGAGCUGCAGAGGCUCUCCGAGGCAGCGAAGGAAGUGGAGCCCGAAGUGGCGGCAGAGGCUGCGGCCGAGCUGCAGCCCAAAGUGCCCGAAGUGACCCUGCCGUCAGAGGCCCUGAAGGACACGGCCCCUGUCCUAGAAGGCUUGAAGGAAGAGGAAAUAACAAAAGAGGAAAUCGACAUACUCAGCAACGCCUGCUCGAAGCUGAAAGAGCAGAAGUCAUCCCUGACGAAGGAGAAAGAGGAGCUGGAGCUGCUCAAGGAGGAUGUGCAGGACUACAGCGAGGACCUGCAAGAGAUCAAGAAGGAGCUUUCCAAGACCGGCGAAGAGAUCUACGUGGAGGAGUCUACAGCCAGCAAGAGGCUGACGAAGAGGGUGCAGCAGAUGAUCGGGCAGAUAGACAACCUGCUGUGCCAGCUGGAGGCAGACCAGCAGGCCGGCAAGCCAGGCCCCACCCCUGAGCAGCAGCCUGCGGGGGAGACUGUCAUCAGCAUCACCGAGCUCAUCAGUGCCAUGAAGCAAAUCAAGCACAUUCCAGAAAACAAGCUCAUCAGCUUGGCCUCCGCGCUGGAUGAAAAUAAGGAUGGGAAGAUCAACAUCGAUGACCUCGUCAAGGUGAUCGAGCUGGUGGACAAAGAAGACAUCCACAUCUCCACCAGCCAGGUGGCCGAGAUCGUGGCCAUGUUGGAAAAGGAGGAGAAGGUGGAGGAGAAGGAGAAGGCCAAGGAGAAGGCUGGGAAGGAGGCCGCUGAAGUGAAGAAUUAGGGCCCGCCCCACUCACGGGCGCCUCGGGGGGCCCCUCCCACGUCGGCCUCCGCCCCGCAGCACCGGCUGCCGGGCCCUGCUGUGCUAGAGACGGCUUUGAGGUGAUUCUUAGUGACAGUCUAGUAUUUUGUCUGGAAUAAAUCAGAAACUUCCAUAAUCAGGUAAUUUUUAAUUUCAUCAUUCCAUGAAGAUUCAUUCAGUCUGGAAUCCCCAAACCCUUUCAGGGAAUCACGUCUGGACUCACAGUGGCACGGUGUUGCCGUGGCCCCAGGCGUGGUGGCCACGUGUGCAGCCCGCCAGUGGCCGGGGGGUCGUGGCCGCACACGGGCCUCCUGGCUCCAGAGCUGGGCCCGGGCCAGACCGGGACAGGAAGGUGCCUCCUUCCCUGUGUGGGCCGCACCCUGCUGGCUCCUGUCCCCGGAGGAGAAAGGACCGGCCGUGUGGACUCCCCGUGCCCGCGGAGCCUGAGGCAUGCAGAUGGGAAUUAGAGAAACACAGCGCUCCUUGGCUCUGGAGAAGACGUGCCCGUUAGUCUGCGGACUCGGAUUCCUGACCACCAGUCAGCCUACAUGGCACCUGUUCACGCACAGUUCCAAAGUCGUCUCUGGAACAACGCGGAUCCCAUGGCCUCUGAAAACCACAGUUCUCUGACAGGAACGGGGUGCCUUGUGCAAGUCCCCUGUCGUGUGUGUCCGCACUUGCCUGGUUUAACCUUUGAUGUUCCCCUAACCCUUGAACCAGUUAACUAGUACAGACUUUCCACACACCACCGCAUGUCUGACCUGUGAUAGCUGACGAGAGUUACGCUGGGAGGGGUACUAAUGAAGCCCUUGGAAAUUAAGCCUUUCCACUCAACUAAUUGAUCAUGCUGUUGUGGCUUUUAGAAAGUUUCCCACUUUGGGUUGUCGGCACCUUGUCACCCCCGUGGGUGAUGGGAACGGAUUGCGCUGUGUGUCCAGGGACGGCGAGGGGCGCUCUGAGCGCACAUACCCCUGCCAUAGCGUUGCUCCCAGCCCCUCCGGACCAGCAGGCCAGUGGCUGCACUCCUGGUCCUGUGGUGGGGGCUCUGAGGGGCUUUCAGAAAGGCAGCACCCUGGCGGGGGGCGGUCCAGCACUCAGGCUUUGGAGUGUCGGGCUCCCCUGGCGCACCCCGGGGGCUGGAGCAGGGCGGCCUCCGUGGGCUUGGCGUCCGGCCACCUCAGCACCUGGCGGCUCAGGUCGGGGGUGCCCGGGGCGGUGGGGGAACAGUGCUGCGGGCUCCGCUCUGUCGGGCUCGUUCUUCAAAGUCUGGGGCCGUUACGGGCGGGAACGUUCUCUCUGGGGAAUGCAGGCCCCGGCUUGGAAGACCUGGGAACAGGGUGGCCAGGUGAGCCAGGAGGGGAGGAUGAGGGCCCAGAUGCUACACUUGACCUUAGCCAAGAGACCGAGGAGCGAUGGGCUGAGGGCCCAGAAAGGGUGGCUUCUAAAUUACUUGAAAAUUUUGACUCAGCCGUUAAAGAGGAAACUUGACGAAAUAGGAGUAAGAUUAUGUAUUCUCAAAUGUAAACCUUUGUAAAGUAACAGUUGGAUUCUAAAGGGUUUUUAUUUCGAUUAUUUGAGAAAUAUAUUUUAGAUGCUUAAUUAAAAUAUUUAUGAAUUAC